GGCUUGGGCGCUGCCGCGAUCCCGGUAUUCAAAAUGUCAAUUCUCAAGAUCCACGCUCGUGAAAUCUUUGACUCCCGUGGGAACCCCACUGUUGAGGUAGAUCUCUAUACCAACAAAGGUCUGUUCAGAGCUGCCGUUCCAAGUGGUGCCUCAACUGGAAUCUAUGAGGCUCUGGAGCUCCGUGACAAUGACAAGACUCGCUUCAUGGGAAAAGGUGUCUCAAAAGCUGUUGAGCACGUCAAUAAAACAAUUGCACCUGCACUGAUUAGCAAGAACAUCAAUGUUGUGGAGCAGGAGAAGAUUGACCGACUGAUGCUGGAAAUGGAUGGAUCAGAGAACAAGUCCAAGUUUGGUGCUAAUGCCAUUCUGGGUGUGUCUCUGGCCGUGUGCAAAGCUGGUGCUGCUGAGAAGGGUGUACCCCUGUACCGUCACAUUGCUGAUCUUGCUGGGAAUUCUGAAGUCAUCCUGCCAGUUCCUGCUUUCAAUGUGAUCAAUGGUGGCUCCCAUGCUGGCAACAAGCUGGCCAUGCAGGAGUUCAUGAUCCUUCCUGUUGGUGCUGAGAGCUUCAAGGAAGCCAUGCGCAUUGGUGCUGAGGUCUACCACAACUUGAAGAAUGUCAUCAAGGAGAAAUAUGGAAAGGAUGCGACCAACGUGGGUGACGAGGGUGGCUUUGCUCCCAACAUCCUGGAGAACAAAGAAGCUCUGGAGCUACUUAAGAAUGCCAUCAACAAGGCUGGCUACAGUGACAAGAUUGUCAUUGGCAUGGAUGUGGCUGCCUCUGAGUUUUACCGUGAUGGAAAGUAUGACUUGGACUUCAAGUCUCCUGAUGACCCCAGCAGAUACAUCACCCAUGACCAGCUGGCUGACCUGUACAAGAGCUUUGUCAAGAACUACCCUGUGGUGUCCAUUGAAGAUCCCUUUGACCAGGAUGACUGGGCAGCUUGGAAGAAGUUCACUGCCUCUGUGGGCAUCCAGGUUGUCGGUGAUGACCUGACUGUAACCAACCCUAAGCGCAUUGCUAAGGCGGUGGAAGAGAAGGCCUGCAACUGCCUGUUGCUCAAAGUCAACCAGAUUGGCAGUGUGACUGAGUCCCUGCAAGCCUGCAAGCUUGCCCAGUCCAAUGGCUGGGGUGUGAUGGUGAGUCACCGUUCUGGAGAGACUGAAGAUACCUUUAUUGCUGACCUGGUGGUUGGUCUCUGCACUGGACAGAUCAAGACUGGUGCCCCUUGUAGAUCUGAGCGUCUGGCUAAGUACAACCAGAUCCUGAGAAUUGAAGAGGAGCUUGGCAGCAAGGCGCGUUUUGCUGGCAGGAACUUCAGGAACCCCCGCAUCAACUAAGCUGAGCUUGUCAGGCAGCUGCUGUUCCGGAUAAAAGCACUAGUCACCCAAUUAGCUCGCAACUCCCUGUACUAGAAGGAAGGGCAGCUGAAGGAACAAGACCUGUUUGCAGGUCCUCUCACCCAAGACACCCUAGAUGACUUCGCCUAGUAUGUUUUUUUUUUUUUUUCCCCCCAGCUCUGACCUGUUGCUCUUAAGCACUUCUGCUUUUGUAGAACAGUCCUUGUGGGGGAGUUUCUGUAUUAAAAACCAUCUUGGAACAAUGUAUAAAGGCCCCACUCUGACCUCGUGGCUGUGGGCUUAAAACACUUUCACCCCCAUCUCAAUGUGUGGAGCCUUGUAACUUGGCAGUGCAGCCCCAGGUACCUGCAAACAAACUGUAGUGUUCUUGUGAGGUAAAAUUAAAAGCAUACAAGAAUCCCA